GCGCCCGCGGCUGCCGUUGGCAAUGGGCUUCGUCGUCCCCCACGCAGGGCGAUGCUCCUGUCUAUAUUAAAAUCAAAAUUGCUCCACAAUGGACAUGGUGGAGACAGAACCUAUGGAUGAAAUUACAUUCAGAAGUGACACCGUACUUUCAGAUGUUCACCUUAACACCCCAAACAAAAAGCAUCUCAUGGUACGUCUAAAUAAUGUGGGACAACCAGUUUUCCUGACAAACUUCAAACUUCUGUGGACUAGAAAUGCAUGGGAAGAGUCACAGGAUAAUGAAAAACUUGAAAUUAAAAGCAGAGGCCAAGUCAAGGCUGACAGAGAAUUUCCCAGUAAGGCCGGCAGUGACCCAGAUUUCCUCAGCAAGAACCGGACUCAGGGAAGUCCUUGUAGAGCAAUAGAAGCGUUGUUGGAUGAGGAUGGGGAUUUGGACGUGGUAAGAAGAUCAGAGUCUUUUUCUGACCUAAAACAAGAACCUUCGAGAGACAAAGUGCAUCCCAUAAUACUCACCCAAGGGGCAGAAAACUUAAUUGAAGAAGAGGAGCAAGGAAGCUUCCAUCAUGAUUUUGUUAAAAUAGAGCAUACCAUGGCAACACCUCUGGUAGAUGCCGGUAAACAGGUCUGGCGAGGGGCUUUCCUUCUUGCUGAUUACAUCCUGUUCAAAAAUGACCUCUUUAAAAAUCGCACAGUUCUAGAGCUUGGAGCCGGCACUGGCAUUACUAGCAUCAUCACAGGAACAAUCGCUAAGACCGUUUACUGCACAGAUGUCGGUGAAGAUCUUCUUGUCAUGUGUGAACGAAAUGUGACCCUAAACAAGCAUCUGACUGAGCCAAAAGGUGGAACAGUUAAAGUCAGAGAACUGGAUUGGCUGAAAGAUGGGCUUUGCACUGAUCCUCGGAUUCCGUACAGUUGGUCUGAAGAUGAGAUUGCGGACUUGCACGACCAUACCACCAUAGUGUUUGCAGCUGAUGUGUUUUAUGAUGAUGAUUUAACAGAUGCUUUAUUUAAAACACUGUACAGAAUCACUCACAAUUUGAAAAAUCCUUGCACAGUCUAUUUAUCGAUAGAAAAAAGGCUGAACUUCACACUGAGGCAUUUGGACGUUACGUGUGAGGCUUAUAAUCAUUUUCGUUGUUCCCUGAGUGAUCUGGAGAACCUUGAAGAUGGCAAAAUGAGGUUUACCGUAGAACCUAUUGAAACUACUUUUCCCCAGUUCCUCGUUUAUGAACGCGUCGAGCAGUUGGAAUUAUGGAAGAUCAUUGCCGAGCCACUAACUUGACCUCUGAAGUAAAGAAUAUUCCACAAAACAGAUGUCAGUGUCUACAAACAGGUCUUCAAUAAAAUUUAGCACCAAAAGUAAUUUGCUUUAGCCUUUCUUUGGAAAAAUCCAUUGAUGUGUCUUAGCCUUUAUUGUUUUUCGUUUCUGUCGAUGAAAAUUGCUCUAAUCGGACUAGUCUUGAGAAUACUAUCCAGGGAUUGUAGAGUAAAUGAGAAUCACUGUAAUUAAAGCUUGCUUUGACAAUUGCCUUGAGAAACCCUCCCCGGAAUAAUUAGGUCUGCCAUGAAGAGGUUGGACUCAUUUUCAUGGUUUCAUUUAACUUACCUUUUUGUAAUAAAAAUAAUAAUGUUAUUUAUGCAUUUACUUUGUUCUAGACACUGAAUGGAGAACGGGGUGGGUACAAGAUAACCACGUCAGCCAACAGUC